GGUAAACAAAUGAGGAGCUCAGUGCUAAGUGCGGCGGCUCAGUGUGUGACUCGUCGCUGCUGUGUGGAGUUUGUCCGAGUGGCUGUAAUUAAAUAAAAAGUCAGGAAAAGAUUUAUAAUCAGUAAAGUCCCAGUGAAUCUUUUGGGAGUAAAACCAGACGUGCGGUUAUGGAUCUUUAUUGUUUCCUUCUCUUAAUCUGACGGCAAACCAGAUGAAAAUGGGAAACGGGAUAUCCGGUUCCAAUCUUCCUUUCUGGAAGUCUCUGCACAUUACAAUUUUGGGUCUGGACUCUGCAGGCAAAACUACUGUCCUGUACAGACUGCAGUUUAAUGAGUUUGUGAACACUGUGCCUACUAAAGGAUUUAAUGCAGAGAAGGUCAAAGUGGCCCUUGGUCGCUCCGGGACGGUGACCUUUCACUUUUGGGAUGUUGGGGGUCAGGAGAAGCUUCGUCCUCUCUGGAAGUCCUACACUCGCUGCACUGAUGGCAUCGUGUUUGUGGUCGACUCCGUGGAUGCAGAGCGGAUGGAAGAGGCCAAAACCGAACUUCACAAGCUUGCGCAUGCAUCAGAGGGUCAGGGUGUACCAAUGCUUAUCGUUGCAAAUAAGCAGGACCUGAGGAACUCUAUGACGCUGGCAGAAAUUGAGAAGAUGCUGGCACUGGGAGAACUUGGCACCUCCACCCCAUGGCACUUGCAACCUUCGUGUGCUAUAAUCGGCGAUGGUUUACUAGAGGGACUCGAAACACUGUACAAUAUGAUCCUCAAACAAAAGAAGAAGCUAAAGCAGCAGAAAAGGAAGUAAAUUGAAAUAUUCAGAAACAAUAGAAAUGGGUUUAUACAGUGAUGCUGUGUGAUUGACGACUGAGUUUUAUCAGUUUCAUAGACCAAUGGUUUGUUAGUUGAAGCCCAUGGCUUUAAAUGGAUUUCUAUUAGACUGUGGGUGGAGAAUGGAACAGACGUUAUUUUUAAAUACUGUGCAGGUUGAACAUUUAUUAUUUGAAGUGUGUUGGAACACCGAUGAAGGAAGUGGGGGAUGGGGUGUGCUGGUUGUGAGAGCUAUACGUAUAGGACAGAGAAAACUUAAAAUUAAGGAUCAAUGAAGAUUUGCUGAUUUAAAUUGACUGUAUUUAGUUUUUUUAAGCUGGUCUUUAACACUGCACCUCAUUUAGGAUUUUAUUUUAUUUUUUUGCAGAAGAUGAAACCUUUUGUGUAUUGUUUACAAGCACUUUAGAGGACAUACUUACUUUUAUGUGAAUGUCUGAGAAUAUUUAGUGAAUAUUUUAUUAAUCCAAAUAAAUAUUUCUCUUGCAAAAGUC